ACAAUUCCCAGGACUCCCUAGGACUGAGCCAGAGCAGUUAAAGUAGUGUCAAACUGGAUUAUUCCUGAUGUGCGGAUGCAGCUUAUGAGACACUUGCCUUAAUUUCUGCAGUGGGCUGUAGAGCAUGGUCUCCAAACCAUGCAUCUGAGGAAGUACGCUCAAGUCUAUAAGCUCAUGCUACCAACCUCUUUCUUUCAAUUAGUCUCAAAGGUGCUGCAAGAUCCCUUUGCAUACAGGAUUGUUUGUUCUGCUUUUUUCUCCCACCACCUGCCUCCCUUCUUAGUCUUGGCUGAGAAAAUGUACAGUAGAGCAGUCAGUUCGUUAAACAACUGCAAAACGAGCAGAUCAACAAAGCUUCACCUGUUGGGUCUCUAUAGCCAUAUCUGCAUGUUGGGAAGAGUCUUGCCUGAUGAGGUUCUCCUUGGUUUUCUAGGCAGCCUGCUAAAAGUAUUAUGCAUUUCAAGCACUUAUAUAUUGCCUUUAAGUGCAGCAGUUCCACUCAGGCCAUAAACUGAAAAGGUUGGGUGGGAAUGCUGGCUGUAAAAUCCUUGGAGUAUAACUGCUCGACUUCAUUUUGGGUUGUGUUGGAUUCUGAACUAUGCCAGUUUUGUUUUCUGUUGUCAUCUACACACACUUUGAAGUACUGUACUUCUGUUAGCUCCUGCAGUAGGAUGUAGGGCAUGGUAAAGCAAAGGAUGCUUCAGGAGGCACCUUCUCUUACUAGCUUUUGUUUGUUUGUUCUGUUGUUAUCUUUACAGCUGUUUUAUGUUUGCAUUCCACUUUUCCUCCAGCGAGUUCAAGGCAGCAUACAGUUUUCUCUUACCAUUUCGAUCUUCACAACAAUCCUGCGAGUCCUUCCUGCUUGGAGAAUGCUCAUCCAUUGCCCAGGAAAUGGCUAUUCUUUGAGGCCACAGAAUCCAGUGACACUAUCUGGCUCAUAGAGAGCUUGGUGGAGGAUCUGCUGAGACAGUUCUUCACACUCAUAUAAUAAGAAGCUCUUCAUAUGACAAGUAAUAGCUAUUUUUCAUACAAUUAAGGUGGAAAUAAGGAAGAUGGCUUCAAACCCUCCUGGACAAGGCUUUCAGAAUAAAAACAGGGUUGCAAUCUUGGCUGAGCUAGACAAGGAGAAGAGAAAGCUACUCAUGCAAAACCAGACCUCCACAAAUCACCCUGGAGCCAGAGUUCUGCAGCCACUCUACCAAACAUAUGAGCUCCCCAUCAUGAAGACUAUGGACCCCUGCAUCUCUCUGUCUCGAUCCUCCCUUAAUAAGGACUUUCGUGAUCAUGCAGAGCAGCAGCACAUAGCUGCACAACAAAAGGCUGCUUUACAGCAUGCCCAUGCACAUUCUUCGGGGUACUUUAUAACCCAGGACUCAGCUUUUGGAAACCUUAUUCUUCCUGUUUUGCCACGACUUGAUGGAGAAUGAGACAGUGAAGAAGGCUGGUGCUCAUCUAGUUUUGCAGCUGCUACCUUUCCAUUCAUUGAGUGGUUUGAAAAUAAGAGGACUCAGAGCUGAAGAAUAAUUUGUUUAUUUUAAUGACUUUCAUUUUAUAUCCAGUCUUUUUGUUUUCAGGGGACAUUGAAAUAUUUAAAACCAAUUCUAAGGUAGUCUGCUUUUUCCUUUCCUUCUGGUCUCAAAGUUGGUUAUUGAUAUUACGUAGUUGACUUUGCUAAUUCGAUGCUUGUUUAUUUCUUCUUUGAUUUAACUUACAGCAUUACCUUCAAGCCACUAUUAUUAGCACAUGCUAGGCUACAUCUGCACUGCAGAAAUAAUGCAGUUUGACAGCUUUUUAAUGGCCAUGGCUAAGUGCUAUGGAAUUCUAAGAUUUGUAGUUUUGUAAGAUAUUUAGCCACCUCUAUCAGAAUUCUGGUUCCACAACAAACUACAAAUCCCAGGAUUCCACAGGAUGGAGCCAUGGCAGUUAAAGUGGUGUAAAACUACAUUGUUUAUGCAGUGUGAUUGGAGCCCUAUUGCCGUACAGUGCUUCACGUUGGUCUCUCAGUAAUCUUACAGCAAUCUUGUAAGAUAGGUCAGUACUAUUAUCCUGAUAUAUAUAUGAGCAAAUGUUAGAGAAAGAAACUUGCCUGAAGCUAUUUUACAAUUUCCAAACUGAGGUGAACACUGGAGUUCCUUGAUUACACUCUUACAUACCUCUAGAGCCUAUUCUUGCAUUAUUAUUCUGUUAGCAAUAGCAGGAUACUUAUUAUGCCUAGAAUCCAUUUGGUGAUUUGUGCCAGCAUGAGAGUCUUAUAAUGUAAUACUCUUUAAAAAACAACAACAGGGUAUGGCAGUCAGUAAAAAGCAACAAGCCACUUAGGAGCCAAUAGGGCAAUUUUAUCUAUUGGAGGCAGCUUUUCCUUUCGUUCUUCUAUCCUUUCAGCACUCAGGACCCCCUUUCAUCUGCUCCAGUCUCUUGCUCUUCCACCAGCAUAAUUACACUGGCAGAAAAGAUAUUGGCAUUUGUGUUGGAUGUGGUGCCUUGCUUUCCAGGAAAAUAAGAACAGAGCCCUGUGUUAGGGUAAUUAAAAACGUAUGUGCUUUCUCCCUGUCUGAAGACGGGUAAAGAAGAACAUCAACAAUACAGAGAACUGCAGCUCCAAGUGAGUACAUAUACCACUGGCUUGCUGUCCAUUUCCAGGCAUUGUUCAAAAUGAUGACUUAUAAAGCACUAUAUGGUUCAGGUCCUGUUUAUUUGUAUUAUACCAGACAAACCUGCCUAUGUUCUGAGAUCUUCUGGGGAGGCCCUGUCCUGCCACCCAGGGAUGUAGCUGGGGGGGGGGGGUGUCUGUGGGGUCCGGACCUCCCUUCCGUUAAAUACAAUGAAUGGUGUGUGCUGCUGCGCCCAAGCCCCAUUAUAAUCGUGGUACUUAGUCUAGACCCCCCCCCUUCCCAAAAUCCUGGCUGCAUCCCUUUGCCACCCUCACAAAUACAUUUGGUUGGAAAACAGGGCCUUCUUGGUGGCUGUUCCCAGGCUUUGGAACUCCCUUCCCAAAGAGGCUAGACUGGCACACUGCAUACUAUCUUUCAACAAGCAGGGGAAAGCUUUUCUAUUCUAGCGGGUCUUUGAGAAUUUAUUAAUUUCUUAGGGAAAACAGACCUUUACAAAAUGCUGGGCCAGUGUGUGUUAUGGUUCUUUUUAAUUUAACUGGAUGCAGUUUUAUGGUGAUUUAAUUGUUUUUAACUUGUAUGCUGUAGAUUUUUAACUCUUUUUUUAAAUUUUGUAAGCCGGCAUGAGUCCAAAACUGGGGGAAAGGCAGGAUAUAAAUAAAUAUAAUGAUAAUGAUAUAAUGCCUUUGUUCGCUUGAAUGCAUGACUUCAGCCCCUUUGUAUCUGACUGUGUAGCCACCAGCUGGUCCCGAAAAAAAGCCCCAGUUUAUGUUUUAAUUAACAGUGAGAAAGAGAAAUGGAGAAGUAUAUAGACAAGUUUGUGCAGUUUUCCAGAUCUGAGCUGCAUAUUUGGCCAGAUGAAUCAACGUGAAGCAGGAAAGGAAGGAGAAAAUACCUCCCUUUUUCAAGUGUUGUGCUUUGUUGGAUAGGCAUGUGCAGCCCUCUUUCUGGUAUGUGUCUGCUAUAAUUCCUUAUCAUUGGCUAUGCUAACUAGGGCUGAUGUAGUUAUAGGCCAUAAAAAUAUGGAGAAUUGCAAUUUUCUAUCCCCGUUUUAGUGAGUCAGGCUAUUGCUUGGUCUAACCUAGGUGUGGCGAACACGUCCCCACCCCAGAUGUUAGAUUGUGGCUCCCAACAGCUUUAUGUAACAUAGCCAAUAGUUGAGGAUAAUGGCAGAUACAACCCAACAACAUCUGCAAGGCCACCAAUUGCCUGCUUCCUCUUCCUUAUUCCAUCCUGCUUAUUUUAAGCUAAAUUAGUGAUGUAAUUUUAACUGUUAUUGAAUUGUAUUAUUUGUAAUGGUGAGAAGGUUACGGAUUAAUAUAUGUUUCAUUAUAUUCUUUUUAUGUUUUGUAUUUUUAUCUCGGUUGUAAUCCCACCUCGAUCCGCAUGGAGAGGCAGGAAAUAUAAAUAAAUCUUAUUGUUGUUGUUGUUAU